AAUUUGUAGCCAUGGAGAUAAAAUUUCACUGCAUUUUUGCAUAUGCAUUCCUAAUUUCCAUAUCCUUCCAAAUGCUUUCUUGUGUAGCCAAACAACCUACAAGCCUUGCAACUGAUCAAACUGCCCUUCUUUCACUCAAACAACACAUCAUCUCCGACCCUUCUCGCAUACUUGCAACGAAUUGGACCAACUCGAGCUCCGUCUGCAGCUGGAUUGGCGUCACUUGCAGCUUGCGCCACCAAAGAGUAGCUGCCUUGAAUCUCUCCAACAUGGCUCUCUCCGGCACCAUUCCACCACAGCUCGGACACCUCUCCUUUCUCAUCUACCUCAACCUCAAAAGCAAUCUUUUUCAUGGAGAUUUGCCUCAAGAGCUGUCUCUCCUUCGCCGUUUGAAGUUCAUAUCUCUCCGACUCAACAACUUCACCGGAGACAUCCCUCCGAUGUUUGGUCAGUUACCAAAAUUAGAGUACUUGAAUUUACGCAACAACAGCUUCACAGGUUCCAUCCCAAAAUCACUCUCAAACCUAACAAACCUACAAUUUCUUUCCUUAUCUUCCAAUUCUUUAAGUGGAGAAAUUCCAAAAGAGUUUGCGAGACUUCAAAGUCUAAAAAAUCUGUAUGUUGAAUUCAAUCGUCUCUCCGGUGCUAUACCAUCAGCCAUAUUCAACAUAUCGAGCUUGGUGGCUAUAGAUUUGACAGGCAAUGAAUUGAGUGGAAGUCUACCAACAGACAUGUGCAGUAAACUUCCAUCUCUUACUGGGAUUCAUUUGUCUAAAAAUCAGCUGAGUGGUGCGAUUCCCACAAAUGUAUCCCAAUGUUCACGACUUGAGGUUUUGAGCCUUUCUUUCAACUCUUUUAGUGGGCAGAUACCUUCACAAAUCGGCUACUUAACAUCUCUUCAGAUUUUAUAUCUCGGUACUAACAAUUUGAACGGAAUACUACCACAUGAGAUUGGCAAUCUUCAGAGUCUGGUUGCAAUUGCUGCUGAACAGAAUGAGAUUGGGGGCUCAAUUGAUUUCAGUAUUUUCAUGAAUAUGUCUUCUCUGCAAAUCUUAGCACUAUGGCGCAACAAAUUCACGGGGAACCUUACAAGGGACGUCGGGAAUAUUACCAUGCUAACCAGCUUGGAACUCCAAGAAAACUACUUAACAGGGCUUAUUCCCUCUGAAAUUGGCCAACUUUACCAACUGGACAGUUUAGAUUUAGAUUUUAACAGAUUGAGUGGUUCGAUUCCACAUGAGCUCUUUAACAUUUCAACUCUUCAGAUUCUUUCAGUUGUUGAAAAUGCUCUGUCAGGGGUUCUUCCAACCCAUUUAUGCCAUGCUUCUCCCUUUCUUCAAAGAUUGUAUCUUGGGGGAAAUUCCAUGAGUGGAGCAAUACCCAACUCUAUCUCUAACUGUUCUCAACUCACAAUGCUAUCACUUCGUAACAACAAAUUCAGUGGUUAUAUACCUACUCAUCUUGGCAACCUAAGACUUCUCCAAAAACUUGAACUGGGCAGCAACAAUCUGACCCAGGCACCGUCUUCUUCCUUCAUUACUUCGUUGUCAAAUUGCAGGUUUCUAACUCGGUUGGAAUUUGGUGAUAAUCCUCUAUAUGGCAUCAUUCCUACUUCUGUUGGGAAUUUAUCUUCAUCACUUCGAGAAUUCCUUGCCUUCAGCUGCAAAUUCAGUGGCAGCAUUCCUGUUGUAAUAGGCAAUCUAAGCAAUUUGAUUAUAUUGGAUUUAACUAUCAAUGAGUUAUCUGGUAAUAUUCCACUAACUAUCAGACAUUUGCAUGAACUCCAAGGAUUAUAUAUGUUUGAUAACUUGUUGGGAGGCUCCAUUCCACAUGCUGUCUGCGAUCUAUUCAGCCUCGAUACUCUAUCUAUAAGCCGGAAUCAAUUUUCUGGUUCGAUUCCUAAAUGUUUGGGAGAUGUCUCUUCUUUGAGAAAUAUUUUUCUAGACUCCAACAUUUUGAAUUCAAGCUUACCGCCAAGCUUAUGGGGCCUAAAAGAUUUGAUCAAUCUAGAUCUGUCCUCGAAUUCAUUGAAUGGGUGUUUACCUCAAGAGAUAAGUAACUUAGGAGCAGCAAUCUACAUAAACCUAUCGAUGAAUCAGUUGUCAGAUUCUAUUCCUAGCGCUAUUGGGAAGUUGCAGAAUUUGGUUGAUUUGUCUUUGGCAAAUAAUAGACUAGAAGGUUCUAUUCCCGUGUCUAUGAAAAGCAUGAUCAGUUUGGUAACUCUUGACUUAUCCUACAACAACCUCUCUGGUUCAAUUCCAAAAUCUUUAGAAGCACUUCAACACCUUGACUACUUUAAUGUUUCUUUCAAUAAUUUAAGUGGAGAAAUUCCUAAUGGUGGUUCUUUUAGAAACUUCACUACGGAUUCUUUUACGGGUAAUGAGGCAUUGUGUGGAAUCCCGAGGUUCCAUGUCCGGAUUUGCCCUGCAAUUUCGAAUCACAAAUCAAAGAGGAAGAAGGUGGAACGAGCUUCAUUUAUUGUUUUUGGGAUUGUGGCUUUUAUCUCACUUUUUUCAUUGGCCUUUAUAGUUGUCAGAUACCAAAGGAAAGAUAAGACAACUAAAGAAGUUGAUGAGAUGAUAUCCAUUGUGCCGGAAAGAAUCUCUUAUUAUGAGCUGCUGCAGGCAACUGAACAAUUUAGUGAAAGCAAUUUACUUGGCACUGGGAGUUCUUGCUCUGUUUUUAAAGGAAUUCUAAAUAAUGGGAAGGAUAUUGCUAUCAAGGUGUUUAAUAUGCAGUUAGAAGGUAUUUCAAGAAGAUUUGAUGUCGAAUGUGAGAUACUGCGUAGCAUUCGACACAGAAAUCUGACCAGUGUCAUAAGCAGUUGCUCCAAUGAAGAGUUCAAGGCAUUAGUGCUUGAAUAUAUGCCAAAGGGAAACCUUGAAAAAUGGUUAUAUUCUCACAACUAUUGCUUGAAUCUGAUGGAAAGAUUGAAUAUAAUGAUUGAUGUUGCAUCUGCUUUGGAGUAUCUUCACCAUGGUUAUUCAACACCCAUUGUCCACAGCGACUUGAAGCCUAGUAAUGUGUUGUUAGAUGAAGACAUGGUAGCUCAUGUAAGCGAUUUUGGCAUAGCAAAGUUGUUAUGUGAUGGAGAUAGCUUUGUGUUAACGAACACGCUAGCAACAUUGGGUUACAUCGCUCCAGAGUAUGGUUCGGAAGGGCUAGUUUCGACAAGGUGUGAUGUGUAUAGCUACGGAGUGAUGCUAAUUGAAACUUUUACGAGAAAAAGGCCCAGUGAUGAUAUGUUUUGCGGAGAUAUGAGUUUAAAGAGAUGGGUAGAACUCUCACUUAUGGAGAUCGUGGAUGAAGUGAUGGAUGCCAACUUAGUCAUGAAUUUGGAGGAAGAAAUGAUUGGCAAGAAUAUGCAGUGCGUAUCAUCCAUACUUGAAUUGGCUUUGAAAUGCUCUGCGGACUCUCCCGGGGAUAGAAUCAACAUGAAACAAGCACAUGCAGAGUUGCAGAAAAUCAAACAUCGAUUUUCCCAAUGAGAUUCAAGUAAACUAUUUCAAAGUUCUAUUUUAUUUCUAAGAUAAUAUUGUUCUAUUACCAUUUUAGAUGUUAACAAUUAGUUCCCCAAAUACUCCAAGAAUUCACCAAGCCCACCUUAUCACUCCAAUCACCAAUUUCGCUCCCAAAGGGGAUCGAACCCGGGUCUCAUCACUUAAGUGAGGACCCGGUGGCCAGGUGAGCUAAGCCCCCCGGUGGCCAAAUUCAAUUUCCAGAUUUUAUCUGAAGGUAUUUCAAGAUUCAAUAAGGAGUGCUGCAGAUUUGUUUUUAAUUCCAUAUCAUCCAACUAUAAUUAUCUAAUCACCUUUCAUCUCUUCUAGUUCAGUAUAGCAGCUUCGGGAAUUUAGAUGAUACAGUUGAAGGAAUAGUGUAGUGUAGCUCUGCUCAGUGAGGUGGAAGUUUGAAGAUGCUGAAGAUGGGCUGGCAAAAUUGGGCUCGUUGAUAUAAAUUCAAGAGAUUGAUCAGUAAUAGUAGUUUAUAAUGCAAUAUAUAUAAUUACUAAAAUAUACAUGCUUGGAUAAAAAUAUUUUGGUGGGCAUGUGAACUAGAAACAUUACUUGUCACAACGAUAAAAGUUUCAAGCUAAAAGUUUCAGUUUUGAAUCCAUAAUAAUACAAUUUUUUAAUUUAAUUAAUUUAUCAAAUGAAAAAAAUGAUGGCAUUAAUAGCCUUAUUGAAUGAGCCAGAGUUUGUUUGUAGAAUUUCCAUCUUUUGUAUAAAAACUGCUAGUACAGAAUUUCGUUUUAUUGGGGCCAAGAAAACCCAACUCUUUGCAGCUCAUUACCCAACGAUUUAUGUCUUAGAUGAUUUGGGAAGUAAUUACACUCGAUGCUGAUGGCUCAUGUUAUGCCUA